AUGGGUGAAAAGGCUCAGACGUCUGCGUGGGCCCACGAUGCCCCCGAUGACGACGCCUUGGCGAUCAAGCCACAGGCGCGCAAGCCCUACGAUCCCGACGUCACGUUCGAGGAGUAUCAUCACUACGCAAAGCUCACCAGGGCGGAGCAGCUGACCUUGGAGCCGCCCGUUCUCAACGUCCGCACGCUGUUUGGCGGCUCCUCCAAGGCGAAGACUUCUGCAGAAGACGAGUCGGCCGAUCCUGCGCUGACGGCCAAGAACUACACGCGGGAGAACAGAGCCAACAUCACAGACGAGGACUGGACGAAUGCGAGCCGCGCGAUGCGUACAGCGUCGGCCGGUGCAUGCUUCUACUUGAUCACAACUGAUGUCCUAGGGCCAUGGGGCUCCGGCUUCGCCAUGGGCACUCUUGGCUGGGGACCAGGCAUCGCAUUCUACCUUUCCUUUGGCUUCAUGGCCGGCUACUCCGGCUACCUCAUCUACCGGAUGUAUCUCGGCCUCGACAGCUACCAGUUCCCCGUCAAAAACUACGGCGACCUCGGCUACCGCACCAUGGGCGCCCCCGGGCGUCACGUCGCCAACGUCAGCCAGGCGCUCUCGCUCGUCAUGCUCACCGGUCAGAUCACGCUGCAGUUUGGCCUCAACAUCUCGCAGGCGUCGCGCUUCCGCCUGUGCUACGCCGCGUGCCCCGUCGUCUUUGCCUGCGUCGGUCUCGCGCUCACGCAGAUCCGCACGCUCAAGACGUACGGCUGGAUCGCCAACCUGGGCGUGUGGCUCAACGUCGCCAUCCUGCUCGUCACCGUCGGCGUCAUCGCCUCGUCGCCGCCCAACUACGCCAUUGCCACCCUCGGCUCGGCGGGUAGCGCCGUGGACCGCGCCUCCAUCAUGCCCGUCGACGGCGUCUACCCGCCCGUCACGCACUACAGCGCGGCGCCGACCGGCGGGCUUGUCGGCUCCAUCAACGGCAUGAUGACGGGCGUGCUCGCGUACACGGGCGCGCAGCUGUUUGUCGAGUUCAUGGCCGAGAUGCGCCGGCCGAUGGACUUUCUCAAGGCCAUGUGGGGGGCGCAGACGUUCAUCUGCUGCGUUUACCUCGUGUACGGAUGCAUCGUGUACAAGCUGCAGGGCCAGUAUGCCUUCAACCCAAGCUACCAGGGCGUGAGCAUCUAUGCGUGGCAGACAGUCGGCAACAUGGUAACGCUGAUUAGCGCUCUGAUAUGCGCCGGCCUAUAUGCCAACAUUGGCAUCAAAGUCGUGUACAACAACAUCUUCAUCGAUCUAUUCAACGCGCCUCCAAUCGGCACAAAGCCGGGAAAGAUCAUCUACGCCUCCAUCGUCCCAGUCUGGUGGGCAAUUGCCUGGGUCAUUGCCGCAGCCAUCCCGGACUUCUUUGGCUUCGUCAGCGUCAUGUCCGCCUCGGUCCUCGUCAAUUUGACAUAUGGGUUUCCGCCCCUCUUUGCGCUGUGCUUUGACAUUCAAAAGAAUGCCAUUCGACAGGACCAAGGAGAGGGGUUCAAUCCGCAGACCGGCCAGACAACCCGCAAAGAUUCUGCUUGGAAGCACUGGGUGCGCGGUUUCUUCAGCGGCGGCAUGCGUCAAGUUGCGCUGAAUAUUUGGCACGCCGUCUAUUUCCUGGGUGCGCUCGUAAUGUGUGGCUUGGGAAUGUAUGCAGCUGUUGAAGGGCUGAUCGAGGCUUUCAAGCUGCCUCGGCUGUCUUCGUUUUCGUGCCAAUCACCUCUCAACCUCAGCGCGCAGCCAUGA